CCCCUGCAGGACACAAACGUUGCGUAUCGAUUAUAAACUCGAUGUUUUGUUUCUCUCUGUGUGCUGCUGUUGAGUGCUGACACAUGUAAACAUCCUUGAGUCCGGCUCAGGUGCUCUUUGUCUUUGUCCGUGCCUGUCAUCGGAUCAUGCUCCGGUCCUGCUGUGUUUACGGCGCAGGGAUCCUCUGCGUGCUGCUGUUAAUCGCCGGGAUUGCGAUGGCUUUGACGCAGGUCUUUCAGAAGCUCAUAAACAACAAAAUAAAAGAGCAAGUAGUCCUUGAAAAUGGAACAGAGGCGUUUUCGGUGUUUCAAAACCCACCGCCGCCGGUUUACAUGCAGUUUUACUUCUUCAAUCUGACCAAUCCUGCAGAGGUUCUGAACGGAGACAAACCCUUCGUCCUGCAGGUCGGCCCGUACACGUACAGGGAGUAUCGGCCGAAGGAGGAAGUGAAAUUUCUGGACAAUGGGACCAGAGUUCAGGCUGUGAGUCCGAAGACGUACGUGUUUGAGCCCAACAUGUCACGCGGAUCUGAGGACGACAUCAUCCGAACGGUCAACAUCCCUGCUGUGACUGUGAUGGAGAAAACCAAAGAUCGAUGGUUCGAAGGCUUAGUCAGUGCCUUGAUGAGGUCAAUGGGUGUUGGUGUUUUUGGGACGUUCAGGAUCGGUGACCUGCUGUGGGGUUACGAAGAUCCGCUGCUUAAAUUAAUCCAGAAAUUUAUCACAAUGGAUGACCACUUUGGACUCUUUUAUAAGAAAAAUGGCACCAAUGACGGUGAUUAUAUUUUCUUCACGGGGAAGCAGAAUUAUCAGGACUUUGCUCGUAUAGACAAGUGGAACGGAAACAGUACGUUGAACUGGUGGAGCACAGAAGGGUGUAACAUGAUCAACGGCACAGACGGAGCAUCUUUCCAUCCAGUCAUCACAAAAACAGAGAAACUCUAUAUAUUCUCCUCUGAUCUGUGCAGGUCUAUAUAUGCACAGUACGAGUCUGACGUGAGCGUACGAGGGGUUUCUGGUUUCCGUUUUGUCCCUCCCAGCGAGGUUUUCGCCAAUCUUACGAUUAACCCAGAUAACGCAGGCUUCUGCGUGCCGGCCGGGAACUGUCUCGGCUCCGGCCUCCUCAAUGUCAGCGUCUGCAAAGACGGUGCGCCCAUCAUCAUGUCCUCCCCUCAUUUCUACCAGGCAGAUGACAGAUUCGUCCAGGAUGUGUUCGGGAUGAAUCCCAACAAGGAGGAGCACGAGACGGUCGUCGACGUCAACCCACUCACUGGGAUGUUGCUUCGGGUUGAGAAGCGUGUUCAGCUGAACGUCUACCUGCAUCAGAUCCAGGGAUUCAGUCAAACUGGCAAGAUCCGGACGCUGGUGUUUCCAGUGAUGUACCUUAAUGAGAGCGUCCUUAUUGAUGAGGAAUCUGCCAAGAAGCUGUACGCAGUUGUUACUGAGGCUAAUGUGAUCGUCAACAUCCCCUUCAUAGUGAUCAGUGUAGGCAUCUUACUGGGCGUCAUCUUCAUCGUGUUCAUGUGCCGACAGCAGACGUCACCGAGCACUGAGGCCGAGCGGCAGCCACUGCUUUCAUCCUAAACUCCCCAGACGUCAUGAGGAACCAACAUGCGCUUAGACAUUGAGCUUGAUUUCAUUUUCACACGGCUAGAGUCGGUUCAAGGAGCAUCGGUGCAUGCAGCAGACAACUCAAAGUGCAAAGUUUCUCUCUGGUCACCUGGCCACGGAUCCAGGUCUUUUAAACAUGUUUUUAAUGCUUCAGAUGAUUGAUUGAGUAUCACAGAACCAUAUAUGGCAUGCAUUUCUAAAUCAGCCAAUGAGUUUCAUGUCCUUAAUUAUAUA